CCCCUCUCUUCUUUUCUAGGGUAUAUUUCAGAAAUCGCUGGGUAAAGACUGUCCACCCAGUAGUGCAUCAGUACUGUUUGAUUUCAAGCACACAUUCCACCUUUCAGAUGCCACAGAAAGAAGAUAUUCUUAGACAACGAGUAGUUGUUGUUACUUUGAAUACUUCACAGUAUCUAUGUCAACUGGAUCUUGAACCUGGGUUUUUUACACACAUUCUGUUAGAUGAAGCUGCGCAGGCCAUGGAGUGUGAGACGAUCAUGCCUCUAGCAUUAGCGAAUAAAAACACAAGAAUCGUCUUGGCUGGAGACCAUAUGCAACUCAGUCCUUUUGUCUACAGCGAAUUUGCCAGGGAGAGAAAUCUUCAUGUUUCAUUACUUGAUCGGCUCUAUGAGCACUACCCUGCAGAGUUUCCAUGCAGGAUCUUGCUGUGUGAGAACUAUCGCUCCCAUGAAGCUAUCAUCAAUUACACAUCUGACCUUUUCUAUGAGGGCAAAUUGAUGGCAAGUGGAAAGCAGCCAGCACACAAAGAUUUCUACCCUUUGACUUUCUUCACAGCACGUGGAGAAGAUGUGCAGGAGAAAAACAGUACAGCUUUCUACAACAAUGCAGAGGUAUUUGAAAUAGUAGAACGUGUUGAAGAACUGAGAAGAAAAUGGCCGGUAGCUUGGGGAAAAUUGGAUGAUGGCAGUAUAGGGGUUGUAACACCAUAUGCUGAUCAAGUGUUCCGAAUUCGGGCAGAACUUCGAAAAAAGAGAUUAUCUGACGUCAGUGUAGAAAGAGUGCUAAAUGUUCAGGGAAAGCAGUUUAGAGUGUUGUUUCUCAGCACAGUGCGAACACGGCAUACGUGCAAACACAAGCAAACACCGAUCAAAAGGAAGGAGCAGUUAUUGGAGGAUUCAACAGAGGACUUGGAUUAUGGUUUUCUGUCCAAUUACAAACUUCUCAACACUGCCAUUACAAGAGCACAGUCCCUGGUAGCUGUGGUGGGAGACCCAAUUGCUUUAUGUUCCAUUGGAAGAUGCAGGAAAUUUUGGGAGAGGUUUAUUGCCUUGUGUCACGAGAAUGAGAGCCUCCACGGUAUCACGUUUGAACAGAUCAAGGCUCAGCUGGAGGCUUUGGAGUUAAAGAAAACCUAUGUGUUGAAUCCACUAGCACCUGAGUUUAUCCCUCGGGCUCUGCGACAGCAGCAUUCAGCAAAUACCAACAAACAGCAACAAUCACCACCCAAGGGCAAGGGUCAUCAUCAUAAUCAGAAUGACCAUUUUCAAACUGAUGGAAUUGUUCAGCCCAAUCCUUCUGUCCUAAUUGGAAAUCCUAUCAGAGCGUAUACUCCUCCUCCUCCUCCUCCUCUUGGACCUCAUCCCAACCUGGGGAAAUCUCCAAGCCCUGUUCAAAGGAUAGAUCCUCACACUGGGACAAGUAUUCUUUACGUACCUGCUGUCUAUGGAGGAAAUAUGGUCAUGUCUGUGCCUUUGCCUGUGCCGUGGACAGGGUAUCAGGGUAGGUUUGCAGUUGACCCUCGAAUUAUUACGCACCAAGCAGCUAUGGCAUAUAAUAUGAACCUGUUACAGGCGCAUGGGCGCGGGUCUCCUAUACCUUAUGGCCUGGGACAUCAUUCACCAGUUAGUAUAGGGCAGCAGCAACUUCACCAUCAAGAAAAGGAGCAGCAUGAACAAAAUCGAAAUGGUAAAACUGAAAACAGUGCUGGACCUGAAAUUAAUAAAAAUCGGACACCUGAGAAAAAACCUGUGGAAUCCAAACAGGUUGAUGUAGAAGGAAAUUCCCAAAAUAGAAGCCCAGAGUCACGUUCCGGCGUUGGUUAUCCUAAUUCUAAAUUUCAUCGCAAAGAUAAUCUCAACCCUAGGCAACUGAAUCUACAUCUCACCCCUCCCCAUACACAGUAUGCAGUCCCCAGUCGCCACUACCAGCACCUGUCCCAGAUCCCCAGGCAGCCAUACCCUGUGCAACAGCAGCAAAAUCUUUUAAGUCAGCAACAAAAUCAUUUGCCUGAACAGCAAAACCAAAUACCACCCCAGCAGAGCCAGGUAGUCCAGCAGCAUAAUCAUGUAAAUCAGCAGCCUCCACAACCUUCACAACUUUCCCCUGCUUACCAGAUGGGCCCCAACCAGUCUUUUUUUAAUAACCCAAUUCCCCACCGACCACAUUCUCCUGCAGUAGAUGCUGUGAUGUCAGAACAUCAUCCCCCACCCAUGUUGCAAGAAGUCAGUAACACUCUGAGACCUAUUACACAGCACAACCCAAUGCUGCCAUCUCACUUGAACAACUUCAUUGAAGAGAAUCCUGCAGGAAUGCCCAUAGGGGAGACAUUAGAUCGUAUGCAUGGAAAUGUAGCUUUGGAAACAUUAAGGCAGCAGCAGCAAGCAAGGUUACAGCAAUGGAAUGAGCAUAAUGCGUAUCUCAGUCAAGGCAAUAUUCCAUAUCCACACCAUCACCAUCCUCACCUACAACAUCUACCCCAGCAAUCAAUUGGACUGCACCAACAGCCAGUUAGGGCAAACUGGAAACUUGCGAGUAAUACAGAAGAUGAAACAGAGGCAACAUAUUCAAGGUUCCAGGACUUGCUCAGAGAACUGUCACACCGCGAUCAAAGUGAAAGCAGGGACCUCGCUGAAAUGCCACCUCCCCAGUCCAGACUGUUGCAAUACAGACAAGUUCAGCCCAGAAGCCCACCAGCACUCCCUUCAUGCAACUCAAACCAUAGCGGCCACUUUCCUAACUUCACUGAAAACAACAGAGACAUUGAAAUGUCCAACAACCCAGCAUUUCAGCAGCAUUUGCCCCAAAUAUACAAUCCCCCUUUCUCACUGCCAUCUGAACACAUAACCCCACCUCCUUUGAAGUACCUGCAACCUGAUGGAUCAUGGACCUAUGCUAACCUACAGCAGAAUCACCUAAUGGGGCAGGGCUUUCAUUAUGGUAUACCUCCAUUGCCCCAUAGAUCACAACAGAACCCUUUUAUACAAAUACAGAGUCAUCAGCAUGCAGUGGGUCAGGAGCCAUUUCAUCCGCUCACAUCUCGAGCAGUAUCUGCUUCUUCGCUCCACAGCUUAGAAGAGUAUGAACCAAGAGGACCAGGCAGGCCGUUGUACCAAAGAAGAAUUUCCUCUAGUUCAGUCCAGGCUUGUUCUGAAGAUUUUAACACUCCUCAAGACAGUCUUGGUCAGUGUAAAGAGCUUCAGGACCAUAGUAACCAGUCUUCUUUCAACUAUUCAUCGCCUGAGUUGUGGGUAAACUCCACCUCAUCUGCCCCAUAUCAGAACAUUCCAUGCAACGGAUCCAACAGAGCAGUACCACCCAGAGAACUGUUAGCUCCACCGAAGAUAGUCAAACCCCCAGAGGAUCACCUGAAAGUCGAAAACAUACAGCUGUCCAAUUCCUUCAACUAUAACGUGCUUCAGCAUCUCGGCCAGUUCCCACCCCUUAUGCCCAACAAGCAGAUCGUCGAAUCAAACAGCAACAGCCAGCAGAAUGCUGGUGGGAACAAGCCUGCCAUGUCCUACGCAAGUGCUCUGCGGGCUCCACCAAAGCCCAAACCUCCUCCUGAGCAGGCAAAAAAGAAUAGUGACCCUUUGUCUUUGUUUCAGGAACUUAGCCUAGGUAGUUCAUCAGGUAGCAAUGGCUUUUACUCCUAUUUUAAAUAAUCAGAUUAUUUUUUUUAGAGAGAAUUUAAUUUCUAUUUGUGUCAGUAGAUCUAAGAUAGUUGGGGCUUCACCUGUAGUUGCAACUAUUCCCUUUGUUUAUAUUAGUAAAUAUAUCCUCACUUAAUUGCUUUGCUGCUAGACUUGCAACUAAUUUUUUAAUUAUAUUCCAUUAUUUUGCAUUUUUUGAUGUGGGCCAGAAUUUUGAAAGCUUUUAUGUAGAACACACACACACACACACACACACACACACAC